UUCCUUUGGGUUAUUAUACAGGUAACUAAAUGUUCUAACCCUUACGUACGUAUUAACGACGACGUGACCGAUAUUCCCGAUCUUCAAUUUCGCUCUCUGCGACUAACAUCAAUUUUCCAAUCUCCACACGGUAUUCCCAUUUCGGCUUCUUACUGUGUAAGAAGCUAGCGAAACCAUGGAGGUUCAGGAAGCGUCUCCGCGAAUUCCAUUUCGUGCUGCUUCGACUCCACCCGCCUCUGCACCCCAUCUUUACACCACUCCGGCUUCUUACAAUCCUUCGACCCGCGCUUCUCAAGAUGGCUAUCCGGAAUCGCCAGUGGGCCUGCGGCCACAAGCCACAUUCCAGAAGCCCUACAUCUUCACUUUAGGACAGCUUCCCACCAGACGGAGGCGGUUCAGAAUAUUGGGAUCGCCCAAGAGAUUGUUUUUGAUUGUCUUUCUAGCCGUUCUGGCCCUGUUAGGCAGAUUCUGGCAUGCAAGCGACAAGAGUAAAAUCGCUGGACUGAAGGACUUCGAUGGUCUUUGCCGGUUCGUCUCGCCAAUAGAUGCGUACCAUCGGGACUUAACUCGUCUCCGGACUGUCUUCCGAGGCUCAAGCUUUUCCAGAAACUCCUCUAUUUACCAUGGCCGCUCAAAAACUUUCAAACACUACCAUAGUUAUUCUCCGACUGGACACCUCAUUGUAUCCCAUGACCCUGAAGCGCCACAUCCCAUACCUCUGCUACUAGAUUUGGGAGAGAAACGGUGGGAAGAGCUGCUUUCACGUCAGUCAAGGACUUUGGAGGAGGCCGUACGGGAAUACAUAAGGAGGUAUGGGCGACAGCCACCCAAGGGUUUUGACAAAUGGUGGGAUUUUGCAAUGCAGCACAAUCUGGUGCUGCCGGAUGAAUACGACAGAAUCAAUCUUGAUUUAGCCCCUUUUUUGGCAUUGCCAAAGAGUGAAAUGAUGAGAAGAAUGGAGAUGGUGGAUAAUAUGGCGGAAACAUUUACUUUAGUGGUGCGAAACGGCUCUGUAGACAUCGAGAUUAAAGAUGAAGGGGGACUUCAAUGGGGAGGGACACUGCCUCGCGCCAGAGACACAGCUUCACUACUUCGAGGAUUUUCAGAUUAUCUCCCUGAUAUGCGUGCCACAUUCUCCAUUUUCGAUCAACCUCAAAUUUAUCUUUCUUGGGCUCGCAGAGGAUCUCUGGUAGACCUCGGGUUACGAGGAGAGAAAACAUCACAUUUAGAAGAGACAGAUAGCGCCAAAGUGAAAUUAUCUAGGAGUUGUGCUCCAGACUCGAAUUACAGGAAAAAUGAAAAUUUCUCGGAGGGCAAGUCUCUUAUUUAUGAUAGCUUAGAAGCUGGUGAUCUCUGCCAAAACCCUUAUCUUAUCCCUCUUCACGGAUUAACGAUUGAACCACAUGAGCCAUACUCCCAUCCACGACCUCACACUCAAUUAUUACCACUGUUCAGUCUGGCAAAAACAUCAAUUAAUUCUGACAUCCUUGUGACCCCUCUUGACCAGUUCCACGACCCACCUGGCAACGAUCCAGAAUGGGAAAAUAAACCCAGCUCCAAACUCGCUUGGCGUGGUAGUCCUACUGGCAUAUCUUGGAUGACUUCUGAUCUCGAUUGGAGAUCUGCACACCGUUUUCGCCUUCACAAUUACGCAAACAACCGUUCUUUAGAGCCCAUGAAUUAUCUUGUACCUAAUUUGGGACAAAGAGAAGAGGACGACUAUGAUGAACUUGACGUAUAUAGUGCUAUGGGCGGUGAUGAGGACUUGGAUGGGUGGCGUGAAGGAAACACAGAAGUCAAGGAGCACAGGGCGACGGAGACGGAAGGCCCACUACGAUAUAAAGAGGAAAAGAUUUUAACAGCCCAGGCUAUGGAGUUCUUUUACGAUAUCAAGCUGGCUGGUGAGCCCAUACAAUGUUCCCAAGAUGACGGUACUUGUCAGAGUAUGUGGGAUGAGAUUGAAUGGGCACCCAGACAAAGCGGAGACGACUUGAAUUUGAACAAGUUUCUCUUAGACAUUGAUGGCAAUGGUUGGAGCGGGCGGUUCAGAAAGCUGAUGAGCACGAACUCACUGGUUAUCAAGAUGACCAUGUUUACUGAAUGGUUUCAACCGCAUUUAAUACCAUGGUUCAUGUACAUACCCGCUAAACUUGACUUUUCGGAUCUUCCCGACAUCAUGGCGUUUUUCCGUGGUACACCUACUCAUCCGGAGCUCGCUUUUGACGAGACGGCCCAAGCUCUUGCGAGAAAUGGAAAAUGCUUUGUCCAGAGAAUGUUCAGAAUGGAAGAUCUCCAGGCCUAUAUGAUGAGACUUUUCUUGGAAUAUGCCAGGAUUGCGGCAAAAGAAGGGGUGGACAUGGACUUCCACCUGAACAACGAUAACUGGACACAAAUAAACUCGUUCGAACGGUUUAGCUCUCCAGAGGAUACACUCGUGGACGGCGGUUACUCUUCACAUUUGACGAAGAUGCCUUUGCCCGAUGCGAAGGAGGAAGCGCCGCGACACAAGGCGGGUGUAAUAAUGGAAGAGGCCAAGAAGGACAUGGAUGGGAUGGACGGGGUAAAGCUUGAGGUAUGGAUAAGCGGCGACGAUGUAGCAGUAGAUACCACUGCUGGCGAACGGAAGUAGUCGAUAUAAAUGAUUCUGAUUCCCAUACUGUUAUCUUCUGCUUGUUCCAUAUUCCUUCGUUUCAUAGCCUUCAUUUAUCCUUUGGUGCGACAUAUACAUGUGUA